CUUCGGACAUCAAUGUCGCUUCUCUCUUUAUAUAGGACUCUAGUUCACACUACUGAACAGCCUGAACCUUCACGCAGCCGCGAUUUGUAGUUUUGCUCCGAUAUACCCGACGGGUUUUCUCUCCAUGGAGAUGGAGUGACCGCAAAUAAAUUGACAGUUGGAGUCUGCAAGUUGUACGUGCAAGAAGAUAUUCUAAAUCAGGGGAAUCAGCGAGCGCGACAAAAUGGAUGAAGCUAAAUUUCUGAAAAGGAAGGUGAGAUCCGGAACGUUGGACGUCCACCCCACAGAAAAGGCUCUGGUAGUGAAUUACGAUGUCGAAGCGUUGAUAUUGGGGGAACUGGGGGAUCCUAUGCUCGGCGAUCGCAAGGAAUGCCAAAAGAUAAUCAGAUUGAAGAGCCUGAACGCGGACACAAAUGUUUCUCUCUUAGCAAAGGAGGUAAUGGAAAAGUGUUCAUUGAUACACGAAUCCAAACUACGCGAAGUUGAGCAGCUGAUCUAUUACCUGCAAAAUCGCCGGGCCAAUGACACUAGUGCAGGUAGCGAUAAUAAUUCUCAGCCGCCAAGACCGGUGUCGUCGAAUUCAAUGAUCACGGAGAACAGCGAGAUUGAACGUGCGGUCAUUAGUAAUGUGGAUAGUUACAUUGAAUUCUUGUAUGAGGAGAUACCGGGCAAGAUAAAAGGUUCAUCGUUGAUUUUACAAUUAGCCAGGAUACCCGAUAAUCUUUUGGAAUUAACAAAGAAUGAAUCAUUAUUAAGUGCAUUAGCUCGGGUCCUAAGAGAAGAUUGGCGGCGCAGCAUAGAACUAUCUACGAACAUCAUUUAUAUUUUCUUCUGCUUCUCAACAUAUAGCCAGUUUCACAAUAUUGUGCUCGAAUAUAGAAUCGGUUCUCUUUGUAUGGAUAUAAUUGAUUUUGAAUUACGUCGCUACGACCAAUGGAAGGAAGACAUGGAAAAACGUCGAAAACAAUUCGAGAAUACCACUGGCCUGACAUUUUUCCCGGCGAGCAAUAAUGACAACUGUGAUAGAAAGAUCAGGAUCAUCGACGAUAUUUGGAAUAUGGAAGGUCCAUUGGACUACGAAGUCAAGAGACGAUCUGCGGAAGUAUCUGUGUCUAUAUCCGAAAGCGAAAUUAAGAAAUUGAAGGAGGAACUUGAAAAAAGUCGCAAGAAGUUCAAGAGUUUGACUAAGAAACAAGAGCAGCUGUUACGAGUUGCAUUUUAUUUACUCUUAAAUAUUGCCGAGAACGCUAUGGAUGUUGAAAGGAAGAUGCGUAAAAAGAAUGUUAUCGGUAUGCUGAUUAAAACAUUAGAUAGGACGAACACUGACUUAUUGAUCCUGGUUGUCACGUUUUUGAAAAAGCUAUCCAUCUUUCGUGAAAACAAAGAUCUCAUGAUGGAAGAAAAUAUUAUAGACAAACUACCGAGACUUUUACAAAACAAUAAUGCUGAUCUUGUGCUAAGCACUUUAAAAUUGUUAUUUAAUCUUUCUUUCGACGCUAAAUUAAGAGCGAGAAUGAUUAGAGUUGGUAUGUUACCAAAAUGGAUAAAAUUGCUUGGCCAAGCUGAUAUAAAAAAUAAAAGCACAAUUGUGGGACUACUUUAUCAUGCCAGUAUGGAUGACAAAGUGAAAGCAAUGUUCACAAAUACAGAUUGCAUUCCAAUGAUAAUAAACAUGAUACUAAAUUCUGAGGAUGAACAUGUAAGAUCUGAAUUAAUAGCACUCGGCAUAAAUUUAGCUAUUAACAAUAAGAACGCGCAAUUGAUGGUGGAGAACAACCGUUUGCAAGGUCUCAUAAAAAUCGCAUUUAGAAAUCAAGAUGCCCUCGUAAUGAAAUUAAUCAGAAAUAUUUCCCAACACGACUCGACAAAAGAAAAUUUUGUUGAAUUUGUGGGUGAUUUUGCAAUGGCUUUGACUCAGUCUGACUCUCAAGACUUUGUACUAGAAGUAAUUGGCGUGUUAGGCAAUUUAGAAUUGCCUGAUUUGGAUUAUUCUCAAAUCAUUCAACGCUGCAAUCUUAUACCGUGGAUACGUAAUAAUCUAGUCCCAGGUAAGGCACAAGAUGAUAUAGUUCUUGAGAUUGUCAUAUUUCUGGGUACUGCAGCUCAUGACGAAGAUUGUGCUCGUUUGUUAUGUAAAGCUGAUAUACUUCUGUCUCUUAUCGAACUGCUUAAAGCCAAGCAAGAGGAUGAUGAAAUGGUUUUACAAAUCAUUUAUGUUUUUUAUCAAAUUGCAAAACAUGAUUCAACAAGAGAUUAUUUGAUUCGCGAGACUGGUAAUGAAGCCCCGGGAUAUCUAAUUGAUCUAAUGCAUGACAAAAAUCCUGCAAUCAGAAAAGUCUGUGAUACAUGUUUAGAUGUCAUUGCAAUAUGUGACAAGAAUUGGGCGGCCCGCAUAAAGGUAGAGAAGUUCCGAUCGCACAAUCAGCAAUGGUUGGAAAUGGUUGAGUCUAUCGGAUCAGAUUCGAUCAAUCAUAUGUUACCGGAUGAUGAUGAUGAUAGUCUAGCUCCAUUUAUCAGUGGUGAUCUAUUGAAACAUACUAUAUUAUUUCCCUCUGGUAACGCAACGUUAUUUAAUGCUGAUGAUGGAUUUUCGACUAUGAAAAAUUCAUCGGAAUCAUCUGAAAAUCCUAGUCGGCCUGUCAGUAGGUAUCGAGAUCUCGAUGAUAUAGGCGAACUCGUGGCACGUUCUAAGUCCCGCAUGUCUGUUGCUUCAGGUAUAGAGGAUUUGUAUUAUAAUUCUAGAGUGAAAUUCAGUGAUUCGGAUAGUUCCCACGUAUUAAUCUGAAGAUUGAUUCAUACGUUCUGAUACAUGAUUUAACUUUUCAAAGAUGCCUAGGACAUAUUUUACAUUAUCUUUGACAUCAUAUAUAUUUAAUGUAAAAAAAAUUUACUACUAUUUACAAACACAUGCCUGUUUAAACUGAAGAUUUUAUUAUAUCUACUAUAGAUAACUUUGAUCUCAUAGUCAAAUAUUUUAGUGCCUUUAUUUUUUUAUGUAUUAUUUUUUUUAUAUGUGUGAUAUAAUUUAUUUACGAGCGUCAGCUUUACACUGAAGCGCAUAAUUUUAUUAUGUUGCAAAAUAGGGUAAAGAUUCGAGUAUUGACAGUACCUCAAAUGCUAGAAAUUCAAUUAUAUAUAUAAUUAUAAAUAUAUAAUUAUAAAUUAUAUUAUUAUAAUAUAAUUUAUAUUAUUAUAAUUGUAUUUAAUUUUAUUUGAAUUCUUAAGGAAUCUACUUAUUGUUAUAUUAAAAAUAAAACUUCAAUUUUCUAAUUAAAAAAAAACCACUUAAAAUUAGAUUUCCAAUAUUUGAUACACUGUCAGUAAUUGGGCUACUUACCCUAUUAGUAUAAGUCGAUUCAAAUCUCUUUUAUCUUGUGAUAGCUUCAAGCAGUCAAAAUAGUGUGUAAUGUAUAUGUGGUUAAUGUAAAAUUAAUAUUCACGAUAGCUGUCAGAGAUCUCUGGUACUAUUUAUAUUGUUAAUAUUAGUUAAUAAAAAGACAAGUGGUGUGUGAAAAUAACAAUUUAGAGUAACGGGAUAGAAUUAUAUACAUUUUAAGAAAAUAACUUUUUCUUAUUUAUUACGUAUGACAUAUCGUGCAAUAAGUAUAGGCGUAUUUAACUUCUAUGUCUAUUCUUUCAUUUUCCUUAGAAAAUAACCAAACAUAUGUACUAAUAUGUACAUAUUUUUUAUGUUGUUUUUCAUUUUUCAUUGCACCUCUUGUCUCUUUAUUUAUUAACUUAUAGCAUUUAUAUUGAUGUAAGAAAUUUUAUUAUAUCAACAUUAUUACGUGCAUGGCUUAUAUAGCUUAUGAAUUAUCCUCUACAAAUAAAAUAAAUUAUGAUUAAAUCUCG